UCCUAGGUUGUCAGAAAAACACAACCUGUCAGAGAUUAGUUGUUGCCCUGGUCCUUGUGUGUUGGCUGGCUGCCUUGAAUUUCAUCACUGGGUAAGGACUAAGGAAGGACAAAAAGUGUUGAUGCCAAUGGGACGAAUGACACCACUAGUAUUUCUUUUUCUUGUUUCUUUGUUUGUAACAUAUAAUGUGAUUACAAUAUUUGUUGGAUUCGAGAAAUCAAAAUCAAGGGAUGUUGGUUUUCCUGAUCCCAUUAUUCAGAAUCCCACAAAACUAAGUAAUAUAUCAGAAAAGUUGUUAUUCCAUAUCGCAUUAACAGCAACUGAUACUCCUUAUAGCAAGUGGCAAUGCCGCAUCAUGUACUUCUGGUAUAUGAAAAAGAAGAAUUUACCGGGUUCAGCUAUGGGAAAAUUCACCCGAAUCCUCCAUUCAGGAAGCCCUGACAAUCUUAUGGAUGAAAUUCCCACGUUUGUUGUUGAUCCUCUUCCACAAGGUUUUGAUAUGGGUUACAUUGUCCUCAAUAGACCUUGGGCAUUCGUUCAGUGGUUGGAGAAGGCUACCAUAGAAGAGGAAUACAUACUUAUGGCAGAGCCUGAUCACAUCUUUUUGGAACCCCUGCCAAAUUUAGCUUAUGGAGAUUACCCGGUUGCUUUCCCUUUUUUCUACAUGAAACCUGCUGAACACGACGAUAUCAUAAGGAAAUUCUUUCCCAAAGAAAAUGGUCCUAUAACAAAUGUUGAUCCCAUUGGAAAUUCCCCCGUCAUCAUUAAGAAGAAUUUGUUGGAGGAAGUUGCAACUACAUGGAUGAAUAUUUCUCUAAGAAUGAAACAUGAUGAAGAAACGGAUACAACUUUUGGCUGGAUCUUAGAAAUGUAUGCCUAUGCUGUAGCUUCUGCUUUGCAUGGUGUUCAGCAUAUUCUUUGGAAAGACUUUAUGCUACAGCCACCUUGGGAUUUGGACAGUAGAAAAAAGUUUAUCCUCCAUUACACUUAUGCGUGUGACUACAACAUGAAGGGUGAGCUUACUUACGGAAAAAUUGGAGAGUGGCGAUUUGAUAAGAGGUCAUAUAUCAAAGGACCUCCACCUAAAAAUCUAUCCCUGCCUCCACCUAACGUCCCAGAAAGUGUGGUAACUCUCGUGAAGAUGGUAAACGAAGCAACUGCCAACAUUCCAAAUUGGUGAGCAGAGUAGUGAGAUUACACUAUUUGAAGCCCAACCUAAACAAAACAAACAACUCUUUUUCACUCUCACAAAAAUGUAAUACAUAGAAACAAGUUUUAUAAUAUAUAUGGAAAUGUUUAUCUAGUAAACAUCUUUUCUUAAAUGAAAUAUAGACGGUUAUAUCCUUUCUUUUUCACUUCUUUUAUCCACAACAAGGAAGAGUCUACAAAGAAUAUUUCUUUAAAUCUAGAUAGACAUUAAAUACCAUUAAAAUAUAUAAUCAAAAUGUGUUUUAAUGUCAAUAGUCCGGACAUACUGUGUAUCAUAACAUAUAGGAAAAAUAACCUGGAAGACCCUUUUACUUGACUCAAUUCUUAAGUUGGAUUAUUUUACUUACAUUUUAUCAACUAAACCCUUAAGCUCAAUGAAACUCUAUUUUUAAGCCCUUUUGACCAUGGAAUAACUUAUGUGACACUAAAAUCACCGAGUUGGAUAAAUUCAUGAUCCCACACGUCUUUGAAGCAAGUGAUACAAUACUAUUAUUUUAAUUGGUCAAAAAUUAUAA